GAGUCAAGACCUGCUUCCUUCGCAGGAUUGGACGAGUACUGCACGGGCAGCAUCCACCCGCAAUACUGCGGCGGGUACGGCCUCUACAGCCAGAGCGGCACGUGUUCGGAUCCCUGGAAGAAACUCCGCGAUCUCAGGAAUUCCAUCGAUGAGAACCUCUACCCUCAGGACAAUGUCGUCAGGUCUUCAUGGUGUGGAUACAACAUAGCCUGUGGAAGCAACCGCAAGUGCGCGAUAGACUCGAAUGCCAGGGGCUGCGUCUACAUACAGAGGAAAUACGACGAGGCGAGACAACCCGGUUCAGGACUCUACUUCGACUACAGGGACGACUACCGCUGGAGGCCGACGUGCUCCAGGGAAGGGUUCUUCGCCGAGAAGCAGUGCAAGGGACCCCUCGGGGAGCAGAGGUCUCAAGGCGGUCUUGUGCCGUGUUCUGUUUGGGUAUUACAUAUGCGCGCGCAGGUGUGCCUCAGCUCAGCUUAA